GAAAGUCGGCUCUCUGUCAACCUCUCCAACCUCUCGGGUUGUUAGGAUUAAAGAUGCCAACGGCGAAAUGCACGGCCAACCGUCACCUGCUCAUCCUUCUGGGCCCCAUGCUGUUGGCUGUCGGCCGGUCCGCUAUGGAGAGCCAAGCAGCACUGUAUGAACUUGAAAGGGAACCAGCCUAUUGGGAUGCUCAGGCAAGAGCAACACUGGAUGCUGCCCUCAAACUCCGCCCUCGGGAGCACCAAGCCAAGAACCUCAUCUUGUUCGUCGGCGACGGAAUGGGUGUGUCCACAGUGUCGGCAGCUCGAAUCCUGCGAGGUCAGAUGGAAGGCAGAUCGGGGGAGGAGACAAUGCUCGCCAUGGACACCUUCCCGUAUGUGGCCCUGUCAAAGACCUACAGCGUGGAUAAGCAGGUAGCAGACAGCGCCAGCACUGCCACAGCCUACCACUGCGGGGUGAAGGCCAACGCCAAGACAGUGGGGCUCAGCGCUAACGCAGUGGCCUACGAGUGCAACACCACCUUUGGCAAUGAGGUCUUCUCGGUUCUACGACGUGCUAAAGCUCAAGGUAAAUCAGUCGGUGUAGUGACCACCACCCGUGUCCAGCACGCCUCUCCAGCCGCUGCGUACGCGCACUCCGUCAGCCGCAGUUGGUACAGCGACGCAGAUCUUCCCUCCAGCGCCCAGCAGCAGGGCUGCGUCGACAUAGCAACCCAACUGGUUACCAAUGUUGAUAUUGAUGUGAUUCUGGGGGGAGGGAGGAUGUACAUGACGCCGAAAGGAACUCCAGACCCGGAGUACCCCACCUCCAACUCUCGCAAAGGGGACCGCAAAGACAAAAAGAACCUCAUUGACGUGUGGCUGAAGGCUAAACCAAACAAGAAAUCUCACUAUGUUUGGCACAGGAAGGAGUUUGAUGAGAUUAAUGUUAAAGCUACUGACCGGCUAAUGGGUCUGUUUGAGCCAAAGGACAUGAGAUUUGAAGUUUUCCGGAACAGAACGCGAGACCCCUCCAUUGUGGAGAUGACAGAGAAAGCCAUACAAAUCCUCAGCAAGAAUCCAAAAGGAUACUUUCUGUUUGUUGAAGGAGGGAGAAUAGAUCAUGGCCACCAUAGUGGCAUUGCCAAAUUAGCACUGACAGAAGCUGUGAUGUUUGACCGAGCCAUUCAGCGUGCUGCGCAGCUAACAAGGGAGUAUGACACCCUCACCGUGGUUACUGCCGACCACUCCCACGUCUUCACAUUUGGCGGUAACACACCUCGAGGGAAUCCCAUUUUCGGUCUGGCACCAAAGAAAGCUGAUGACAAACUGCCUUUCACCAGUCUCCUGUACGCCAACGGCCCCGGCUACGUCCAUAUAAACGGAACCAGAGGCAACAUCACAAUGGUGGAUUACUAUGAUGAGGAGUACAUGCAGCAGGCGGCUGUCCCGCUGGAUGUUGAGACGCACGGCGGGGAGGAUGUGGCCAUCUACGCCAAAGGCCCGAUGGCUCACCUCAUUCAUGGGGUAAAAGAGCAGAACUACGUGGCACAUGUCAUGGCCUAUGCCGCCUGCUUGGAGCCCUACAAGAACUGCCCUCCUCACCCCCACAGCCACACCUCAAGCGGGUGUGUGAACCCUACAUCGAGCCUUCUGGUUGGCCUACUUAGCUUCCUCUGGUUACUCAGAUGACCCCUAACACACACACACACACACACACAAACACGAAUACUUUGUAUGCAUAUAGCAAUACAGACACUUGAUGGAUUUAAAAUGCAUUCAGUACAUAUACACACAAUCUUUUUAUUUACACAGGCUGAUCAUUCAGAAUGCAGGGACAGACAAAUACAGUUAGCAACCAAGAGUGAAUCCAAAGUGCAGACUUCAGCAUGUUUGUAGUAUUCAAAUACAAACUCACAAAGAGUCAGGCAUUGCAGGCUGCAACAUCAACAAAUAUGCAAUAUAAUACGGAACGUGACUACUAACUUGCACUAUUUCUUUUAAUAGCUUGAUUUGUACUCUUCUUAUUUUUUGAAUUUAUUCUUUGUGGGCACUGUCGUUGCUCAAAAGCUAGUUAAAAUGAACUAGGAGCAGUAAUUUACUAUUUCCAUGCAGUAUUAUGUGAGGCUUUACCUAGAAUAACUUGAAACAAACAGACCAACGGCUCACUGUUGAGCUUGUGGACAUUUAGACACACAGCUGCUGACGCACACGAUCGUCAUUGUCCGCGUGGAAUAAAUAAUUAUAUGAUGGCGAGAGAAACCUGAACUACAAGCCACCAUGCCGUACCAAGCUGCCACACCAAAAGACCUUACAAGAACUCAUGAAGAGACUGUACCGCUUUAAGGAGUGAAAGAUAUGUAACAAUUAUUUCUUUUUUAAUCAUGUUUGUAUCUUCACCUCGUUGGUUCCAAAUAGUUCAUCUGUUCUCUUUCAGACUUGAUAUAUAAUCUAUUUAGAUUGUACAUGAAUGUAUUUGUUUCAAUGUCUUUUUAUACUGUUUUCUAAAUGUUACUUAAAUAAGGAUACAAAAAAGAAACGUUUUUUUUUUUAGUCCUUUCUUCAAUUUGACAUAUUGCCAAAACAUCCAUAAAGGAACAUGAACAUUUAAUGAAAAGCAA